CUGUCAGUUUAAGCGGCAAUAAAUCUAACAAUACAUGUACACGUCCUGUGUCGUUUCAAAGUAUAUUGGAUACAGAAUUGUGGGAUUAACACUUAGUUCCACAAAUCACGUUUCAAUGGCGCCGAUCAAUUUCGAAGGAAAUUUCGAAGAUGUCACUGAAAAACAGUUGGAAUUUAUCAACGAAGUAAUAGAAGAACAUGGUUUUAAAGGCAGUAAAGUGACAUUUGCAGCAGCAGGAGCAGUGGGUGACAACUAUGCUGCAAAUGUAAAAAGAAUUAAAGUAGAAGGAGAAAAAGGAACACUAUCGAUAAUUGCCAAAAUUGCACCAACAAAUGAAAUAGCACGAUAUCGCUUAAAUGCAGCACUUUCGUUUGGUAAUGAGCAUUUAAUGUACUCGGAAUACAUACCGAAGUUAUUGCAACUACAGAAAGAUGCAGGGGUACCAGAAGACGAACAAAUAAAGUUCCCGAAGUGCUAUGGAACUAAUAUUGAAGCACCAAACGAAGUAAUAUUAUUAGAAGACCUGAAAGUAGAAGGAUUUACUAUAAUGGACAGAAUGAAAUCACUAUCGAACGAAUGCGUAACUAGGGUACUGAAGAACUUAGCAAUAUUUCAUUCCCUUUCAUUUGCACUAAGGCAUAAAGACCCCGAAAGCUUUAAAUAUUUCAAGGACCAUUUUGAAGAUAUGUGGGGAAAAUUGGUCGAUUUGCCUCCAGAAGAGCAGGCUUCUUUUGAGCAGAUGGAAAACGUGUCUAUCAAUAUGCUGGACGACCCUAAACAUAAAGAUAUGAUAAAGACCAAAGUAAGUCAGAUGCCAGCAAGAACAGCGAAAAUGACAGCGUAUGAACAUGAGAGCCCAUAUUCAGUUAUUCAACAUGGAGAUUCUUGGACCAACAAUAUUCUGUUUAAGUUUGAGGGCAAGGACUUGAAGCAAUCCAUAAUGAUUGAUUACCAACUGUCGAAGAUCUCCAGUCCAGCCAACGAUCUACUCUACAUGAUCUUCAACUGCACAGACCAUGAAACUAGAAUUAAUAACUAUUACGAUUGGUUAGAUUACUACCACGCUGAAUUGGGAAAAUCCUUAGAGAUGUAUGGUUUCAAAGUGGACAACGUGUAUCCUAGAAGUCAGCUCGAUGCUGAUUUGAAGAGAUACGCUGAAUUAGCGUUUGGUUGUAAUAUCUUAAUCUCAGGUAUACUAACAGCUAAUCCUGAAGAAGCUAGUAAAUUUAAAGACGCAUUCUCAGCUUCUGAUGCUGAUGAUAUAUCAGAAGCACUAACUAAUAUUCACGAUGAAACUGCAGUCCUUCUAAAGAAAAGACUAGUUGGGUUAAUUGAUAGUUAUAUUGCUUUCGAUUUGUUCUGAGAUUAUGUUGAUUGUUUGUAACUGAAUUAGUGUUUUUGUUGUCCACCAGAUAGCGCCACUGAGGUGUUAAGUCUUGUUAAAGUGGUAGUAACGAACCUAAGCGACCUGGCAAUCCAAAGGUUGACUAGUAAAGUAUAGCUAUUAGCAUAAAGACUACUUGUAUAACUGUAUAAAUAUAGGAAGUCUUAAACAAAUUGUACCUCAGCUUUAAAUUACUGCACGGUUGGUGCGGUGGCUGGGUAACCGGCUGCCGCGCAACGUGUCGUGGGUUCGAAUCCCUCACGGAA